GCUAACCCUAUUGGUCGCCGGAGCGAAGCCGAGUGCCAGCGCCCCGCGCCGCCACACCCCAUCCCUCCCCAGGCCGGCCGGCACCCAACCUGAAGCCCUCCUUACAGCACCGGCGUACGAUCCCGUCCCGCCUCCUCGGGUGCUCUUCGGUCGUCAGGCAGCACGGGCUCAGGGCGACAGAGGCACCCACAUCCGGCAAGCACGGCGGCGUUCGAAGCACGCUCCACGGCAAGUCGGCGACGGCAGCAGCAUCGUUAAUCCAUCGUAGAACCGCAUAAAGAGGCUGUUUCAGUUGCGGUAGCAGCCGGAAUGAAGUUUAGAGUUGUUUGCAGGAAGGUGUACGAUUACGUGAGGUACGAUCUGAAAGAGAUCGCCUUCCCGUCUUCUCUGCCGGACCCUCCGGGCACCAAGAGGCGCCCUAAACUCACACUGAAAGAAAAAUGGUGUAUCCUCAAGGAGGCAUCUAGGCUGUAUGGGGCUUCCUGGGUCAGGGACAUCGGUCCAGAGCUCAGGCCGAAUGAUUACAAGAAGGCCAAAAAGGAAUCUGAUCCCAACAUUACUGACGAGGGUAACACUAAAACUGAACCUACUGUGCUUGAGGACCUCGCGGUGGCAGCGAGGGGUGGGGCCGAGACUCUGAAGCCUGCGCUGCGGCGCAUAUACAUGACGCGCGCCUCAACCUACACAAGUGCAGUGAAGAACUAUGUGGAGACCUAUCAGGAAGGGCUGAAGGAUGUGUUGGACGAGAAGGCUGGAAACGGUCACCAGCAAGGCAAUGAGCCGAGGAGAUCAUCGACGUCGCCUCCGCCCCCGCAAUCAUCAUCAUGAGCUUGUUUCAGUAUGUGGGGAAAAUGUCAUCAUUAGGACUCGCAGUUCAACAUUCAUGAGCUUGUUUCAGUUUGUGGACAGCUGUGUAGUCGGGUAGAACAGAUAGUGAUGCUUAUCACAUUUCCUAAAAUUUUCUUUCAUGUGUAGGUCUCUGAUCUUGUUUGUCUACUGAUCAGGGUUAUGUGAAGUGUAUUGUACAUUGUUGCUAUGGACAUUGUUAUUCGGUUUGUUUCAGUUGAUGGACAG